AUGGUGAACGACUCUGCCACCAUUUCAAUAAUUAAUGAGGAUCAUACUGAUAGCAUUCCAUUGUUUCUCCGCAUAUUCCUAGGCAUUGUUAUUAUUGUUACCAUGACAAUUAGUAUAUGUGGCAAUAUGGUCGUUUGUUACUUAGUGUAUCGUAAACCAUCUAUGCGUUCGGCAAUUAAUUUGUUAUUAGCCCAUAUUGCCCUAUCAGAUAUUUUGUUAUCUGUAUUAAUUAUGCCAUUUUCAUUAGUUACUUUAAUAACUAGAAGAUGGCUGCUGACGGAGAUAUUUUGUGGAAUAUUAGGGUUUUUACAAACUUACUUCAUCAGCGUUGGAGUUCUUGUCUUGCUUGCCAUUAGUGGCGACCGAUAUCUUAUUAUUGCCAAAAGAAAAGAAAAAUUGAAUUUAAAACGUUCUCGUAAAACCUUGUUGAUAAUAUGGAGUCUCUGUGCUGUCGUAACAUUGCCUCCACUAUUUGGGUGGACCGAUUAUGCUUUUGAAGACGAUUUUAUAAUGUGCGCUUUAAAAACAUCUUUUAGUUUCUCCAACGUAUUUUACGUUUGUUUUUUUACUAUAUUAACCUUCUAUGUGCCUGUACUGUUAAUGCUAUCUGCCUUCACAUUAAUCGUCCAUAUUGUUCGUAAAAAUGGGAUGCGUGUUCAGCAACAUCCUGGGAUAGGAAACGGAAACUGUUUUCCUGCGUUUAAAAAUCGUGUUCAUGUUGACAUGAGUUUUAAAACCAGGGCAUAUAAAACCAUCUUUGUUUUGUCCAUUGUUCUCGUGUUGUGUUGGACACCGUUUAUAUCUUUAUGUUUAUUCAGAACGUUUUCAAAAGAUCCGAAUUCUUUAACAUUGACAAUAUUUCUGUGUCUUGGUUACUUGAAAAGUGCUACAAAUCCAAUUAUUUACGCUGUUCGGAUCAAAAAAUUUCGAGACGCCUGUAAAGAAAUAAUACCCAAGAGAAUAUUGACUUGUUGUGAAUAUCGUGUACCAGAAAGACGGCUAGACCAUGUAUCAACUUAUAGAGUUGACGAAAGGUCGUCCAUUUGA